CAAAUCUUGAUUACGGUUUUAGCUUCGUUUUACUAUGUUGUGAUGAUGAGAAUGUUAUAUUAGAGUCAUUAACCGCUUUGUAAGUAGUAUUUAUUGGAAUCGAAACGAUGGAUCAUCAUGUAUUCGGUGGCAAGUUCAAGUUAGGUAGAAAGAUUGGUAGUGGAUCAUUUGGUGAACUUUAUAUAGGGAUUAAUGUUCAAACUGGAGAAGAAGUUGCUCUUAAGCUGGAACCUGUGAAGACAAAGCAUCCUCAGCUCCAUUAUGAAUCAAAAGUUUACAUGCUUCUUCAAGGAGGGACGGGUGUUCCGCAUCUCAAAUGGUUCGGUGUUGAGGGUAAUUACAAUUGUAUGGCUAUUGACCUUCUUGGUCCAAGCUUGGAAGACUUGUUCAACUAUUGCACUCGGAAUUUUUCUUUGAAAACUGUUCUAAUGCUUGCUGAUCAGUUAAUAAACAGAGUUGAGUAUAUGCAUUCUCGAGGAUUUCUUCACCGUGAUAUAAAACCGGACAACUUUUUGAUGGGUCUCGGUCGCAAAGCAAACCAAGUGUACAUUAUUGAUUAUGGGCUUGCUAAAAAGUAUAGAGAUCUUCAAACACACAAGCAUAUACCCUACAGGGAAAAUAAGAAUCUGACUGGAACUGCUCGGUAUGCAAGUGUCAACACACACCUUGGGAUUGAGCAAAGUAGGCGAGAUGAUUUGGAGUCUCUUGGUUAUGUGUUGAUGUAUUUUCUACGAGGAAGUCUACCAUGGCAAGGUCUAAAAGCUGGUACCAAGAAACAGAAAUAUGAAAAGUUUAGUGAAAAGAAGAUGCUUACUCCAGUAGAGGUUCUUUGUAAGUCAUUUCCAUCUGAGUUCACAUCAUAUUUCCAUUACUGCCGUUCAUUGAGGUUUGAGGAUAAACCAGAUUAUUCAUAUCUGAAAAGACUUUUCAGAGACCUUUUUAUUCGGGAAGGUUAUCAGUUUGACUAUGUGUUUGAUUGGACAAUCUUGAAAUAUCCUCAAAGUGGCUCUAUUUCGAAACCGAGGCCAAAUCCAAAACCAGCUCUAGAUCCUCCAGGACCAUCUGCGGAACGAAAUGAAAAGCCUAUAGUGGGGCAGGAUCUGCGAGAAAGAUUCUCAGGUGCAGUUGAAGCAUUCGCCAGAAGAAAUGUAUCGAGUCAUGGCAUUCGUCCUAAGCACAUUUUUUCUGAUGAUGCUUCCAAAGAAGUGCAAGUGUCUGAAAAAACCCGAAAUGAGAUUGCUACAAAGAUGGCAGUGAUAUCAAGCAGCCAACCUGGCUCAUCAGAAGAGAGCAUUCAAUUUUUGGUUUUCAAGAAUCUAAUGAUGGGGACACUUUGGUUUGGAGAAAUCAAGAAACAAGCCUCUUCGUUUAUUCAAGACAAGUACAAUGUUGCUAGACUUGUCCUCACCGAUGUUACCGAAGCUGAGUUGUUAGUUGAAGAGGUGACAAAUGAUGAUCCUUCUUCACCAGACGCUAAAACGAUGACGAAAAUAGCCGAGGCAUCGUUUGAUACUGUGGACUAUUGGAGAAUUGUGGAUGUUCUUCAUAGAAAGAUUGGGAAAGAGGAAGGAGAAAUGAAGAAGUGGAGAGAAGCAUACAAGGCAAUGGUGUUGUUGGAGUUUUUACUAACACAUGGUCCUCUUCAUUUGACUCAUGAUUUUCUUUAUGACUUGGAUCAUUUUCGAUUCCUCUCUACUUUCCAAUACGUCGACGAUAAUGGGUUUGAUUGGGGAGCUCAAGUUCAGAAAAAGGCAGAUCAAAUUCAAACUCUUCUUUUAGGAAAAGAAGAAUUAAGAGAAGCUCGUCUUAAAGCUCUCAAAAUCACCUCCCAAAUCAAUGGCUUCGGUAACUCCACCACAUUCUCUCCUUCUCCAUCUCCAUCUAACAUCUUCUCUCCCUUGAAAACCUCCAAUUCAACACCAACCAAAAGAAACAAUCCAAUAUCCGAAUCCGAUUCAUUAAUCGACUGCGAAAACAAGCUCACGGAAAAUGAUCGAACCGGUGAAGAGACGCUAAUCAGCGGAAUCUGCUCCAAAAUCGCCGGAUUUAGCCCUCUCAAGAAAUUUCAAGGCGGUCGUAUUACGGCGGCAAAAUUUCAAACUUUGUCGAACGUUGAGAAAGUCUCAAGUGUUACAAAAGUUUUCAUGCAAUAUUAUGAGGUAAAUAAGCUUCCUAAACUCUCCCAAUCAUGUGGCAACCUCUUGACUCCUGGAUCUUACUGUGGAAUUUACAAAAUUCCUGGUGGUUUUGUACCUUUGACGAGGAGAUGGUUAUCUUCUUCUAUUGAGGAUGGUCGGAAAUAUGAGAGAUUGCCAGAUUCUGAAGCUUCCACGAACAAAGAUAUUGGCCAAAAGGGAGUGCGUUGGUAUUCUUUGGGAGGUUUACUUACUAAUCUUAAGCAAAAGAUUAUGGGAAACGUGAUUUUGAUGGACAAAAGUUCUGGUGAAGACUCGGUUUCGCCAAAAUCACCGGUGGUUUCUUCAUCAGAUGUGACUGUUACUAAAGUGGUCACCUUGCAGAAUGUUGCAGAAAGUGAAAACUGUAUCCCUUCAAGUAUAAAAGAAGAAUCUCCAGUCUCUGAAAUGGGAUCGGAAGAUGCAUCUCAAAGAAUUGAGACUCCUGAGAAGAGAGAAAGCAUAUCUGUAAGUAAUGAGAGAUUAGAUAUUAUUAAUAGGUUAGAUGGCUUGGAGUUUGGACAGGAGAAGGUGUUGAGAUCGAUACGCACUGAAAGAGUGGAUCCUUCCGAGGAACAAAGUUCUAAAGAUGUCGCGUUAGGUUUCUUGACUGAAGAAGUAUCGGAAAGUCUGACAUCAUCUAGGGAAAAUAUAGGGAAGUUGCAGCCUGCGAAAGGGCUAUUCGAUAAAGCGAAGCCACCUCAGAAUAGUCUCUCGAAGUUGUUUGUAAACUCGGAACCAUAUAAAGAAGUUAAGCUUCCUCUGAAAUUUGAGGCUUUGAGUAACAGUAAUUCCAGUAUGUCUACUGGAGAAUCCUGUAGUGAUGCGGGUGAUCAACACGGCCUAUUUGGUAAGAUGCUGUCUGAUCCUGGCCAGAAAAUUAAAAGUAUUUCCAGGGAAAAUGAUAAGCACAGGUUGUCGGAUGUUCCUCAAAAUCCCGACUCUUUGACAUCCGUUCUAUUAAGGGAUUGGAUUGAUGAUCAGAAGAGUGGAGACCUGGCUGCGAUUAGAGAAAGGAAAAGUAUUUUUUCGCUUGAAAGUUCUAGAAACACUGUUGCACCUAUGGCAGUGGGUAGUAUGAAGAAGUUGAUGGACUCCCUUAACCUUCCAACUGACAAUGGCACGGUUGCAGAAGCCAACUCGUUGAAUCCUAAUAGUAGUGAAGAAAAAUGUUUAUCCAAAAGCAAUUCUGCAAUGCAAAACAGUGAUCGUUUUUGUGCGAUAGAGGAAGAAGAAUCCAAAGGGGAAACUUUGGUAAUGGAAAACCAAUCAUUGUGCAGUCAGGCCUCUUUGGCAGCUACCACCGCAAAUCCUAAGGUAACAAAAAAGAGUUUGUUCGCAAUAUCUGCUGGAGAACACUCUCCUGAUAAAGUACUGCUAAGGUUUUUGCAAGAAUCAUGUCAGAAGAAACACAUCGUUCAAGUGUUUUCUCAGUUUGGAGCCGUUUUGGAUGUACAAGAAAUUCCCUCUUUCGAAGGGUGCAUUUACAAAGAUGCUCUCUUAACUUUUGAGAAUAACACUGCAGUCAAGAAGGCUCUCAAGAAAGGUAGAGUGACGGUGAUGAAUAACAAUGCAGUUGUCGAGGCAACUUCUCAGGAAGACAUGGUAGAAAGGAUUUGCAUUCCGGAUCUCAUUGGCGAUCCAGAUGUGCCUGUUGCAUUGGUGAAGGAACCAUCCCGAACAGUUAAGAUUCAUCCACUGACGCACAAUUUUAGUUCAAAUCAGAUCAAAGAAGCGCUAAAGUUCUGUAGGAGCAACAUAUCUAAGUUUAUCUUGGGUUCAUCGAGAAGAGAUGCUUUCGUGGAGUUUGAGACGGAAGACGGCAAAGAGAGAGCACUUGCAGAGCAUUCAAUCAGCAUAUGCAACACACAAUUGUUUAUCUCUAGGAUUGAUAUACCGAGGACAAUCGUGGCAAGGAUUUCAAACUUGUCGAAAUCAGCUAUGAAAGAUGUACGAGCUUUGUGUGUACCUUAUGGACAAAUAAAACAGGUAUAUAUCAGGGGAAACGGUGUUGUAGAUGUGCUUUUCGAUGUCUCUGAGUGGCCAAACAUGCUCACCAUUCUCAACAGCUUGAAUGGUAUGGAGAUAGAUGGUAAGAAGUUGGUGGUUCGACCUGCAACAACAGUAAUACCUCCUGAAAUUUUGAGGGUUUUGUGGAAAGAUCCUCGAGAAAAGAGAUAUGUGAAAAGUGUAAUUCAGAAUCUGGUGAGAGAGAUUGAGCAGCCUUUAGAUGCAACUCGUUGCCACACACUUAUGACAGAUUUACUAGUAUAGCUUCAUGUAUUCUUUAACUCUUCAAGAUUAGAGCCAUUGUUUUUGUAAAACGAAUCAAAAGAGAGAAUUAACUAUCCUGACCUCA